GGGCUCCUGGGUUCGAGUCUCAGAGCCGCCGCUCCGCGCUCAUGGACAUGAAGACUGUGCUGGUGGCCGUGUGUCUUCUGCUGGUGUCGCCUAUUACUGGACAUUGGUGGGCCGUGGGUAGCCACGUGGUGAUGGACCCGACGCUGGUGUGCAAGAAGACGCGGCGGCUGCGCGGCCGGCUGGCCGACAUCUGCAAGAAGGAGCCGGCGCUGCUGAAGGAGAUCUCCAAGGGCGUGGCGCAGGGCAGCAAGGAGUGCCAGUACCAGUUCCGAAACCGCCGCUGGAACUGCACCAACGUGCGACGCAGCCUCAAGAAGGUGCUCAUGAGAGACACGCGGGAGACGGCCUUCGUGAACGCCAUCACCGCCGCCGGGGUCGUGUACGCCGUGACGCGCGCCUGCACCAUGGGGGACCUGGUGGAGUGCAGCUGCGACAAGAACGUCAAAGGCCGGGGGCGGCUCGGCGUGCUGUCCCCGGACCACGCCCACGCCGCGACCGCCGCCGCCGCCACCCCCGCGUCGGGGGCGGCGGCGCCGGGCGACUGGGAGUGGGGCGGCUGCGGCGACAACGUCAACUUCGGCUACCGCAAGUCCAAGGACUUCAUGGACGCGCCGUACCGCCGCAACAGCGACAUCAAGACGCAGGUGCGGCGGCACAACAACGACGCCGGCCGCCUGGCCGUGAAGAACCACAUGCGCACGGAGUGCAAGUGCCACGGGCUGUCGGGCUCGUGCACCCUGCGGACCUGCUGGCGCAAGAUGCCGCCCUUCCGGGACGUGGGCAACCGCCUGAAGGAGCGCUUCGACGGCGCGGCCAAGGUGACCCCGGACAACGACGGCCACCGCUUCCAGACGGAGGGCCCCACCAUCAAGCCGCCCGGCCGCGCAGACCUGGUGUACCUGGAGGACUCGCCCGACUUCUGCCGGCCGAGCCGCAGCACGGGCUCGCUGGGCACCGCGGGCCGCCGCUGCAACGCCACCUCGCCCGGCGUCGAGGGCUGCGACCUGCUGUGCUGCGGCCGCGGCUUCGACACGCGGCGCGUCGCCGAGCGCGUCAACUGCCAGUGCCGCUUCCGCUGGUGCUGCGAGGUCACGUGCAGCACGUGCCUGGUGCGGCGCGAGAUCAACACGUGCCGCUGAGCGCGCCCCCGCCUCCGCCUCCUCGCACAUCAUGCCACAGUGCCUUUCAAGCACGUCCAACCUGAAGCGAUAGUUUGUAUUUCUCUUCUCACCUUCAACGACACGUCAUUUAACCUCGAAGUUUCCACGCACAUCACGCCACUGAGCGCGUUAACUACCUGUGCCUCUUAAGUACGUUAUCAUAAGGCAAUUCUCCUCUGUAUUGCCCUUCGCAUACGUAAUGUCCACAGGUAGUCUCCUUCAACACUACAUCGCCUUUUUUUUUCGACCGCCAUGAUUCAUGCUAAAGAUGAUGCUUGGACACAUAGCUUAUUACCAAAACCAUGAUGUCCAAUUGUUAUCCCAGCUGUUGCUGUAGUUACGAGUGACAUACAUCUUACGGAGCUGCGAUAACAACAUUUGAUGCUUCACCGCAUGCCUUCCAUUACUUCUUGCCAUACCACAUUGAGAUUUCCUUUGGCAAACAUAUUCGUAGACCGUAUCAAGAAAUGUUAUAUGGCAAGAUAUCAGUGAUUGAUAUUCUUCUUCGAUCGUACCUCAAGCGAUUGGCAUGUUGCCGAAUAUUUUAAACCAUUUUCCUUCUGGUCCAUAUGGACUUUUUCUUGUCCUUUGGUCUUCUUCUGGUAGUGACAUGAGGAAUUUUUCAGUCCUUAGUUUAAUGUAGGUUCCACAAUUCAACCCUUAGGUCUUUUUCUAGCUCUGCUAUGAAACUUAUUUGGCCUAUAGUGCUUCUUCUUGUGAUGCCUUACAACUUAUUCUGGUAGUGCCAAUCAGCUUUUAGUGCUUCUAAGUGCGCCAAGAUGCUUUUUUAAAUUAUGGCUUUUUCUGACAGUUCCAAGAGGAUGUUUACAUACUUUUGAGCUUCUUCUUCAAACCUUUUCAGUACUUAUGGCUUCAUAUAGUGGACCGAAGAGAAAAUUUUUCAGCCUUUAGUGCUUCUUCUAUUGGUGACCCGAGGACUUUCACAGCCUUUCGUGCUUCUUCCGUUAAUGUUACAAGGGACUUUUACAGCCUUUAGUGCUUAUUCUGGUGGUGCCCAUAGGAUGUUUACAGCCUUUAGUAAUUCUUCUGGCGGUACCACGAGGUACCUCCCGUCUUCUCCUUCAGGUUCCAAGAGGAACUUUUCAAUCCUAAGUCCUUCUUCUGGCAACGCAACGAGGAAGCUUUCAACAUGUGCCUAAUCUUCUCUGACUUCGGCGCCCACGCUCUUUGCGAUUUCAUAUUUAUUUUUUUAUCACGUAAAUUUUUUGUGUAUCAUUAUUUUGAGACCUAUUUUGAUAGUAUAACAGCAACUUUAUCAAGCCAGUAUUACAGCAUCAACCCUUCUGAAAUCAUUGCUUUGAAGCUCCUAUAUAUUUUACCCCUUUGUUUUAGACAAUUUUACCCUUCUUGGAAAAACAUUAUCUCCUAAAAAAGUUCAUAUUUUUAGGUGUGUUUUUUUUCCGUAUAAAAUACAAAAUAGUGAUAGGUAUGCACAACUCUAACUGAGUUCUUCGAUGUAUUUAUACUUCAUGGCAACGGACUUACGGUGAUGGUGUAAGCAGACUUUCAUGCCAUUCAAUGAUGUUAGCUUGAGUAUCAAGAUUUCUGUGAAAUGGAACGCAGAUUUUUCUCUGUCCUCUAUCAUCACUAACAGGUUUAUUUUUCUUAGGCUAUAGAUGAAAGCAUAACAUGCUUUACAAAUGUGCCUUACAAGUGAUACAAAUGCUUAGUGAUACUUGCAGUGCCUACAAAUCUAGUCGCUUUCUCUGAAUGAAUAACUGAUCGUUGUUGUAAAACAGUUAAGGCAUUAAGAUUCCGCACUCACUAUAUUUUUGUUCGUGUACAUAUAAAAUUUGAUAUUGUACUGUCUUUGAAUUAUUGUAUAUUUUUAAGUACUGAAAUAAAUUUUGCAUCUCUGUUAAAA